AUGGUAACAUUUGUUUCUCGUAUCUGUUCCAUUCACUUUGCUGAAUAUUGUUUUGAGCGAAAGCCAAACCAUCUAAUAGUACCAGGAAAUACAAACAUUGUUCGACUGUCCAAAACUGCUAUUCCAACUCUAAAUUUACACAACAAUGAUGACGGUGCAAGAUGUGGAAGAAAACGAAAACUAGUGCAAUACUGUAUUGCAAUCAAUAAACCUCUGUUGAAGAAGUCAACAAAUAAUUUGGAAGGUUUGACAGUAGACGACUCUGUGAGGGGCAAAGAAAAUGUUGGCUGUGCUGCUCAAGAUAAUUUUGAAAAACAAACUGACAGUGUUGUAAGCGUUACUUCAGAAGAACCAGCACUAGAAGACCAGUACUUAACGAAGUUACAAUCGCAUGAGCCAGCACAUAAUUGUGAAGUGACACGCUUACAAGAAGAAAAUAGAAGUCUACAAGCAGGCAAGAAUGGAUUAAAAUCAGUAAACAAUUUUCUUAAAACACAAAACAAUGAUUUGAAAAUUCAAAAUGAAGAGUUAGAAAAUAGAUGCUUUACUUAGGUAUGGAAAAUAAAACAAUGAAAAAAGAAAUACGCCUGUUUCUACAAUAGGAUAAAUAAAAAUUACAUCCUACGCAGAAACAUGUGAAAUGAAGCAUUGCUGAUUGAUAUUUCUUUAGCAAUAGCCCUAAGAAGUGUCUCGCCAAAAGGUUACAGGUAUUUAAGGAAAAAAAUUUCCCUUACCUGCUUUAUCUGCUUCAGAAAUUAUUACUGAAACAAUUAGUAAAUUGUAUGAUGCUGGUCACACUGUUGUUGCUGUCACAACUGACCUGGUCCAGCAAAUAAUGCCGUAUAGAAUCAGUUUAACAUAGGGAUUACUAAUGAUAAGGAUUGUUUUUACUCUUAUCCUUGAGAUGCUCAGAUGAAAGUGUUUAUUUUCGCUGAUCCACCACAUUUAAUCAAAUUGAUAAGGAAACAUUUUAUUGACUCUGGCUUUUAUUUUAACGAAACAUUACUGAAUAAACAGUGUCUUGAAAUAUUGUUAACGCUGAAUCAAAAUUCCCUACAAGCUAGAACAGAAGCACUUGGACGUAAGUGGUUCCGAGCAACAAAAAGUAUCAUUGGCUGCUCAAGCGUUUUCUAAUAACACAGCUGAAUCAGUAAAAUGGUUUGGCUUGAACGGAUUUUUGUCUUGUAAGAAUUACAAUAAAUGUGCUGAUUUUUUAAAAGCAACCAAUGAUUGGUUUGAUUUGUUCAACAGUAGAACUAAGCUUAAUAAGACAGUGGAAUCAAGUGCCUACGGUACAGACUUAGAGACAAAACGAAGUUCUUAAAAUUAUAAAUAAUUAUAUGCAGAAUAUCCAGGUUGCAAAUCACAAGAACGUUUUGCCAUUUCAAAAAGGAAUACUUUUGAAUAAUUCAUCACUUCCGCAAUUACUAUUAUAUUUAGAACAAAAUUACAACACAGCGACUUUUUAAAUCCUGUAUAUCUUAACAAGCAGGCUAAACCCAGAUGGGAUUGAAAUUUUUUUUCUCUUAUAUAAGGGGGCUGUUCAUAACAAGCCAUCAGGAUUGCAGUUUCGAUGCAGAUUGAGAUGGUAUAUUUUGAGAAAGCAUAGCUCUGAUUUGUUUAUCGAAAAAUUUAAUACCGAAGAAGAUUGAGACUCUAGUUUAGUUGACGACAUAUCGUCUGGUAAACAAGAAAGUAAACGUCCACGUACUUCCAUCAACGAAAAAGUAUGCAAGACAUAUUAGGAUCAAUGUAUGAUGAAGAAAUGAAAAUGAAAACGAAAAUAUAUAUAAAAAAAUAGAUAAUGAUAAAAUGUUAAUGUGCAUAACGUAUUUAGAUUUUUUAUUUUAAAUGACAAUUUUAUCAGAAUUGUUUAACUUUGACAUACAUAUUAUUUUAUAUGUACCAAAUUCAUAAACAGUUUAUACACAUUCAUUUUUUAAAGA